CUAAACUACACAUCCUAUUCUGUAUGUCUUCUAGCUUUUGGCUGCGGGGUUCCUGCCUACCCACCCAUUGUGUCUAGAGUUGUUGGAGGUGAAGACGCGAGACCGUACAGCUGGCCCUGGCAGGCCUCCCUUCAGUACAGUUCAAAUGGCAAAUGGCGUCACACCUGUGGAGGAACCCUCAUUGCAACCAACUGGGUGAUGACAGCUGCACAUUGCAUCAGUUCUUCUAGGAAAUAUCGAGUAUUUCUUGGAAAAUACAACCUAGCAGCUGAAGAAGAAGGAUCAAUUGCCCUUUCUCCAGAAAAAAUCAUUGUCAAUGAGAACUGGGAUCCACAGAAAAUUGCAAAUGGGUAUGACAUUGCUCUGAUCAAACUCACUGAACACGUCACCUUGAGUGACCACAUUAAGCUGGCCUGCCUGCCCCCUGCACAAAGCAUCCUAUCAUCCAACACUGCCUGUUAUGUGACAGGAUGGGGACGGCUGCAGACAAAUGGAGCUCUUCCAGAUGACCUGCAGCAAGGACUUUUGCUGGUGGUGGAUUAUGCAACUUGUUCCAGUCCUAGCUGGUGGGGAAGCACAGUGAAACCCACCAUGGUUUGCGCUGGUGGGGAUGGAGUCACCUCCAGUUGUAAUGGGGACUCUGGUGGCCCACUGAACUGCCAAGGUGCUGAUGGCCGGUGGGAAGUGCAUGGUGUCGUCAGCUUUGGCUCUUCUCUUGGCUGCAACUAUUACCACAAGCCUUCCGUCUUCACUCGGGUCUCUGCUUUCAACAGCUGGAUCCAGCAGGUAAGGUGCUGGGUUCUGCUGCUAGAGGAUACAGACACUUGGCUACUUCUGAGGUUCUCUCUGACUGAGAUUUCUGUCACCUGCUCAGGGACCUGUUAUGGCAACCAACUAAUCCAAAGAGAACUGGAUGAUAGAUGCCAAGAAGGAAAACAGUUUGAAUAA